AUGAUGCGGACAGUCUUCAGCCUGGUUCUGGUCAGCUCCCUUUUUAUACUCAAAAGCGAAGCACUGCAGUGCUACACCUGUGUAGGCUCUAGCGAUGAAGACUGUAACAGACAAGGAAUUCAGCAAUGCCCGGGGCAUUCAGAUGCGUGUGCGGUCAUUAGAGGACAAGCAAGUGGCGUUAUGAAGUCCUGUUCGUUCAGGUCCUUCUGCGAGCGGGCGAGGAGGGACGGAUCCAGGGCGCCUGGAGUGAGCGUUCACUGCUGCUACUCAAACAACUGCAAUGCAAAAAGCCCAGCUUCGAGGGUCACCAGCUCCACGAGCUACUUCUCCCUCCUCGUCUUUACGUUGCUGUGGCACCCGUUGAUGAAGCUGACUUGA